AUGCUGGACCACUGUGAAAAAGUCUGUGCUCUACAAUGUGUGCGUCAGCCAUCCCCAAGCGGAGUGCUUCGAGUGCAAGAAAUCACCAGGUGUCUGAUAUAUCUGUGCGGCAUUACGCUGCGGAUGGACGACAGUGCGGACUUGAUCGAGUCCUUGGAUCAGGAUGUCUUGAUUGGCAACUACUCAGCUGAUUCCCAGAACAACACCUGCCUUUUAGGCCGACCAGAGCGCUUGGAUUUGGAUCAACCCCCUCGAUACUCAGUACCCCUCCAAGGAUACUUCUCUCCGGUUCUAGUGUUCCUUACAAUAAUCAACAAUUCUCUAGUCUGCAUAGUCUUACUGAAACCACACAUGCGCAGUCCUACGAACGCUAUUCUCGUUGCCAUGGCAUUGUCCGACAUGUUUACAGGACUAUUUCCGGUUCCUGUGUUUCUGUACUUCUACGCUACAGAGAGGUACUACGAAUGGGUGCCGUAUAACUGGUGUUUCGCCCUUAGUGUUUUCCGGGUUCAUAUUCCCACAAUUUUCCAUACUGCCUCCAUAUGGCUUACCAUGGCUUUAGCCAUCCAACGUUAUAUUUACGUCUGCCACUCGUUCAAGGCCAGAACGUGGUGCACAAUCAGAAAUGUCGUUAUCGGAACGAUCGCCAUCUACGCCAUUGCCACCAUAAGCCAGAUCUCAUGCUUCUUUGAGCUCCGACCUGUGGAGACUUUUCGGAAAUCAGUGCUGGACCCCAACAAGACAGUAUCUGCGUGUAUUCUGGAGUAUCGUCCAUGGGUGAGGCAACAUAUUAAUCUUUACUACAGCACCUACUUCUGGUCAAGGGUCAUCUUUAUUCACCUGAUACCUUGUGUGUCCUUGGUUGUCAUGAACGCCCUUCUCAUCUAUGCCAUGAAGAAGGCGCAGCAGAGGAGGAUGCAGUUGCUACGGCAGAACAAGAAGAGCGAGAGUAGGAAGUUGAAGGAGUCCAACUGUACAACGCUAAUGCUGGUGGCCGUUGUGGGGCUCUUUUUACUAGUUGAGUUUCCGCUAGGCCUUCUGAUGGUGUUUGUGAUUCUCGAUAAAGCCUUCGGGAUUGUCAUCAUACAUGCGGAAACAGUGCAA